GCCGAGUGGUCACAGUGGGCGCCGCCUCGAGGACGCCAUCAGGCAUUAGCUCGCAGAGAUGUCCGAAGAAAUUGACGGGCCCGAUAAAAUUAAUUCCGCCCCUGGGGAAGGUGGAAAUGCUGACGUGGACAAUGAUGGAGGGUCGGGGCCACCUAUGUCUAUGCGAGGAGGACGAGGGGGUUUCAGGGGCCGAGGAAGAGGUUUUGGUCCAAUGGGACCCAUGGGUCCAAUGGGACCAAUGGGGCCAAUGGGGCCAAGAGGACCAGGGGGUCCUGGAGGGCCAGGAGGGCCAGGACCCGGAGGUCCAAGAUUUAGGGGUCGAGGUGGACCAGGAUUUCGUCCUCCACCUCCAGGAUUCAGAGGCCCACCUCCAUUUGGGCCACGGGGACCAAGGUUUGGCCCCCGAGGUCCCCCCCCACCCUUUGACCCUAACUGGGGACCAAUGCCUCCCCCACCACCAGGCAUGGGAGGACCUAUGGGACCACCAGGCAUGGCCUGCCUCGAGGCGGCCGUUGAGCUCAGCGAGGGAAACGUCACAGGCCUUCAUAAUCCUCUGAUGAUGAUGAUGAUGACUCUGUUUGGUAAUCCUGGUCUUCAGGAUGUUCAGCAGACUCAGGGGAGUCAACCCAAGACAACUCAGUCUCAGCCCCCAAUGGGACCAAUGGGACCGAUGGGCCCAAUGGGUCACCCUGGGCCAUGGGGGCCUAUGGGUCCACCUGGACCAGGUGGACCACCUAACCAACAACCCAACCAGAAUCAACAGAAUUCUUUAGGAGGCAUGGACUUGAGUGGUGAGAUCUGGGUGGAGACAAAGACAGGGGAAGGAAAGUCUUACUAUUACAAUGCUCGCACUAGAGAAACAACCUGGACCAAACCUGAAGGAGAUGGUGUCAAGAUCCUAACACAGCAAGAGGUUGAAGCCAUGGCUCAGGCUGCAGGAGUAACACCUCCAAGUCAAGGAGGUGGAGCUGGUGGAGGAGGUGGAGGACCCCCAACCUCCAGUGGUAGUGGUGGCAACACUGGCAGCAAUAACCAGGGCCCAGGAGGGGGAAGUGGCAGCGGUCCCCCCAACCAAGAGAAUGGUGACAAAGACGAUGGUGAUGAUGAAGGGUCUGGUUGGCAAGGACCCCAAGGGCAAUGGGGACCACCUGGAGUGGGUAUGGGUCCUCCACCUGGUGGACCUCCAUUUGGAAUGCCCCCUGGUGGUCCUUUUCCUGGAGGGCCAGGGGGACCUCCUCCAUAUGGUGUUCCACCUGGGCCACCUGGUUUUGGACCUGGGCCUGGACCUGGAUGGAAUGGUUAUCCUGGACAUGGAAUGCCUCCUGGGCCUCCUAUGGGUCCUCCAGGCUGGGGAAUGCCUCCUCCAGGGAUGGGAAAUAUGUCCCAGGGUGCUCUUAUGGGAGAUCAGCAACAACAGCAACAACAGCAACAACAACAGCAACAACAGCAGCAGCAGCAGCAGCAACAACAGCAGCAACAGCAGCAGCAGCAGCAGCAGCAGCCCCCUCAACAGCAACAACAACCCCCACAGCAACAACAGCAACAACCACCACAGCAACAGCAGCAACAACCACCUCAACAGCAGCAGCAGCAGCAGCCACCGGGAGCCCAGCAGCAGCAGCAUGAAGCAGAACCAAUGUCAGGACCAGAUGGAAGCAGCAACACUCCUGGGAUGAGCAGCAGUAAUGGUGGUGUGAGUGACAGUACAGUGAGCACAGUGACCAGUGCUGUAGUGGUGGCAAGCAGCAGCACAGUGGUGACACAAGGAGCACCUUCAUCUUCAAUUGAUGACUCUAAUUUAGACCCAGAGUUGGUAGCUCAAGCUGCCUUUUGGACAGAGCACAAAGCUCCUAAUGGGAAAAAUUAUUAUUAUAAUUCAAAGACUCAAGAAAGUGUCUGGGACAAGCCUCAAGCUAUGAAGGAUUUAGAAGCUGCAAGAUUAGCAUUAGCUCAAGGCAUCAGUCUGUCAGUAAACAGUGGACCAGGAGCUCCUGGCACUGAGGCUGAAAACUCCCAAGAGGGCAGCACCACCAAAGUAAAUGGGGACGAUUCUGCCUCAUCUGAUGACAAGCAACCUUCAAUGGAGGUUGACAAUGAUGAUUCAAAGGAUGGUGAAAUGGAGGAGCAGAAGGCUCAACAGGAUCUCAGUCGUCCUGUCUCAUCACAGCCGGUCUCCGGCACCCCUUGGUGUGUUGUGUGGACUGGUGAUGGAAGAGUCUUCUUCUACAACCCAACAACAAAAACAUCAGUGUGGGAGAAACCUGCAGAUUUAGUGGAACGUGCAGAUGUUGAGAAAAUGGUCACCACGCCCCCAGCUGAAGUUGUUGGUUUGAAGAACAAAGCUGAGGAACCCUCCAAGGAUGAACCUCUCUCCAAAAAGCCAAGGACUGAGGCAACUAUGACAAUGACAAGUCCAGCCUCAACAGUUCUGAGUCAUGUUAAGGAGGAGGUCAAGAGGAUUGACAUAGGAAAGGAAGCUGCUAUAGAGGCUGAGGUAAAGGCAGCCCGAGAGCGUGCUAUUGUUCCACUGGAGAUUCGCAUGAAGCAGUUCCGGGACCUCCUAGCAGAGAAAGGGGUUUCUGCAUUCAGUUCUUGGGAAAAGGAGCUGUCCAAGAUAGUGUUUGAUUCUCGCUAUCUUUUGCUCACAUCCCGUGAGAGAAAGCAGGUGUUCGAGAAAUAUGUGAAGGAGCGUGCUGAGGAGGAACGUCGUGAGAAGAGAAACAAGCUGAAGGAGCGCAAGGAGGAGUUCCGGAAGCUGCUGGAAGAAGCUGGACUGAACGGCAAAUCAUCUUUCAGCGACUUUGCGGCCAAGUACAGCAAGGACGACCGUUUCCGCAACAUUGAGAAAAUGCGAGAGAGGGAGAGCCUGUUUGACGAGUUCCUGUUGGAGGUGCGCCGCAGAGAGAAAGAAGAAAAGGCUGCCAAGCGUGAACAGAUUAAGAAGGACUUCUUUACCAUGCUGAAAGAAGCCGACAUUGAUCGCUAUAGUCGGUGGUCAGAUGUGAAGCGCAAGGUAGAUGGUGAUCCCAGGUACAAAUUGGUGGAGUCUGGCGUUCAGCGUGAAGACUGGUUCAGGGAUUAUAUGAUCAAGAUCAAAGAAGAGCGACGGCGCUCUCGAGACAGAUCCAGAACCCGAGACCGAGACCGAGAAAGGGAGAGGGAUAGAGAAAGGGAACGUGAUAGGGAACGAACAGAUCGGGACAGAGAUCGCAUGGAAAGGGAGAGAGAGAGGGAGCGUGGAGACAAAGAAAGAGAGAGAAGAAGCAGAGAGUCCCGGGACCGCAGCAAGGAAAGGGAGAGGGCUGACCGGAAGGAAAAAAAGAAAGAAAAGAAGGAAAAAGAAAGGGAGAAAGAAAAGGAGAAAGAAAGAGACCGUGAGGAGAAAAAAGAGAAGGAAAAAGAAAAGGAUAAGGAAAGAGAAGAGUUUGAAACUAUCCCAGAAGAAGGAGAAGAUAUAGAGGAAAACCAUAAGAGUGAGGUUAGGGGAGUCAAAUUGUCCAGCAUGGGUGAAGACACAGGCAGUGAUGGUCCAGAUGAGGAGCGUGAAGAUGGAGAAGCAAAUGAAGCAGCUGAGGAGGAAGAACGGGAAAGACAGAGGAGGAUUGAAGAGUCUUUGAGGAAGAGAGAAGAGGAGGUUCAGAGGGCAUUAGCUGGGCAUCUACGUGACCGUGACAAGGAGCGCAUGCAACACAAGCAUGAUGAAGCUGUGCACAAUUUUAAUGCUUUAUUAGCAGACUUGGUUCGCAGCACUGAUUACACUUGGAAAGAAGCUAAGAAGUCUUUAAAGAAAGACUCAAGGUGGGAGUCAGCUGGGGCCUUAGAACGUGAAGAGAAAGAGAAGUUAUUUAAUAGCCAUGUAGAAAAUCUUACCAAGAGGAAGCGAGAGAAAUUUAGAGAGCUGUUAGAAGAAUUGCCUGACCUGCACUUGGAUUCAAAUUGGAAAGAUCUGAAAAAGGAAUUAAAAGAUGAUCCACGCUACACCAAAUUCUCGUCAUCAGACAAGAAAUGUGAAAGGGAGUUCAGGGAAUACCUGAAGGACAAGUUGGUAGCUGCAAAAGCUGACUUCAGGGAACUCCUAAAAGAAACUAAAAGUAUCACUCAUCGCUCUUUGAAGCUGUGCAGUGAGGGAGAGCAACACAUGCGUGAUAUUGUGGAGGUGUUACGCAAAGAUCGACGUUAUCUUGUACUAGAAUGUCAGCCUGAUGAAAGGUCAAAAAUUUUAAUGGCUUAUAUGGAGGAGCUGGAGAAAAGGGGACCACCUCCCCCUCCUACAGCAUCAGAACCAACUAGACGUAAAUAGUUGCUGAAUGGACGGGAAUUGUCACUGUGCAGCCAUGUUGGGAAUAUCUACAGUUUUUUAAAGUUACAAUAGGUAAAUACUAAGUUGAAUAUUAGUCAAACUUUGUUGUUUCAAUACAUGUUACAGUAGUGAAUGUCUAUUUUUUAUUAUUUUUUUUAAUGAAAUGUAUGUUGACAUGUAACCAUUUAGUUUUGAUUACUGUAGAGUAUACAUUUUGGCAGAUAGGCAAAAUAUCACUUGUCUUAUAUAAAAUAGUUCUUGGUAAGAGAAAAAUAUCAAUAUUUUGAAGAAAAUCAUUUUGAAAAUGGUGUACAACAAAUUAUGGUGAAUAUUUUCAGAUAUUUUGAUUAUAUGUAAUUUGUGAAAAAUAACAUGUAUGCAUUAGUCAGUCAUUUUGACAAAUUGCUGAAUGUAAAUUUUACAUAAAUGUAGCCUGUUGGUUCUCAAAUUUGAGAAUAGUCUAAUAUUAAAAUAAACAUACAAGACACAA